AUGCCACCAAAGCCGCGCAGCCUGCAUCUUCCAUCGGGGCUCAAGCCGCGCGUGGCCCCGCGCAAGCCACACCUCUCGAAGCUGCACCUCGACUCAGCACUGCGUGCCCAGGCGCACGAGAUGCCUACGGCCGCACCAUUCGUUCCGCCCGCCGCACCGCAGAUCCCACUGCGCCGGCGGCCAGUAUUCUCGCCGGGCGGGUUUGGGUUAACUUCGACGACUGCACCUCGAUCCGAUCGGCUCGGCCUUGGACGCGGUCCACGACUCGGUACGGACGAGGGAACGCCCGCCUCCCGAGACGCAGCGGUUGCCAGGAUCGCAGCGGCCGAUGCGGUCAUCAAGGCCAACCAGGUCGGGCUGGAAAAGGUCGACGGAGAGGGAGAGGCAGAGGCGUGCUACGUUCCUCCACCUAGUACGCUGCAUUACCACGCCAACGACGCGUUGCCGCUUGUGUACAGUCCCACCCCUUUGCCACCUUACCAAAUCGCAUACGAGACGUGGGGCACCCUCAACGACGCCCGGGAUAAUGCUAUUAUCCUUCACACUGGACUGAGCGCUAGCUCGCAUGUUGCUUCGGGCGGUAACGACGUCGCGGCAGGUACGUCGUCCAAGCCAGGAUGGUGGGAGGACUUUGUGGGACCCGGAAAGGCUAUCGACACGAACCGCUUCUUUGUGAUUUGCACCAAUGUGCUCGGUGGGUGCUUUGGGUCAACGGGACCGUCGUCGCCGUACCCGCCAGGCGAUGGACAGGUGCGCUGGGCGACCCGAUUCCCACUCCUCUCGAUUCACGAUAUGACACGCGCACAGCUCAGCCUCCUCGACUACCUCGGCAUUGAUAAGGUGUACGCCUCGGUCGGGAGCAGCAUGGGUGGCAUGAGCUCGCUGUCAAUGGCAUACCUCGCACCAGAGCGGGUAGGUCGCGUCGCCUGUAUCUCAGCUACUGGUCGGUCCGGCCUCACUGGUGUGGGGAUGCGUUACGCCCAGCGUAGCGUGCUCAUGGCCGAUCCUAACUGGAACCGCGGCAACUAUUACGACGGCGUGCCUCCUCACGAAGGCAUGAAGCUUGCCCGCCAGAUCGCUACCAUCACCUACCGCUCUGGACCAGAGUGGGAGCAGCGCUUCGGCCGCAGGCAACUGAGCGCCGAGGAGGCUGCCGAGAACGGCAAGCCGGGGGUGCCAAACCUGUCGCCAGACUUCCUCAUCGAGACAUACCUCGACCACCAGGGCGAGCGCUUCUGCCUCACCUACGACGCCAACAGCCUCAUCUAUCUCUCCAAGGCGAUGGACUUGUUCGACAUGACCGCACCGGCACUGAAGAGCCUCGCGGCCCAGUUCAACGACGCGUAUCCCACCGCCGCGCCGUUCCCCCUCCCCUCGGACUCGCCUGCCGUCUCGGCAUCGGCGCCCACCGACGCACGUGCGCCGUCCCCACGCCCAGGUACCUCGACGGUGGAGCCGAUCAAGACGGGAGGUGGCAAGGAGCGCUUCAUUCCCACCUCGAAGAGCCCACACCUCCACGACCUCGCUGAGGGCCUCCAGCGCCUCCGCGACAUCCCCGCACUUGUGCUCGGCGUUCAGAGUGAUGUGCUCUUCGACGUCGAGCAGCAGCGCGAACUUGCCGACGCCUUGCGUCUCGCAGGUAACCGCAACGUCACAUACUACGAGCUCGGCGGCGCGUGGGGCCACGACACGUUCCUCCUCGACGAACAGAAUGUCGGCGGCGCCAUCCGUGGGUGGCUCCAUUGA